AUGCUCAUCGUCGAGCUUGUUUUGUUGUUGAUCGGGGCCGUGGCGUCCGUAUCGGAUGUCGCACGGCAAGCUGGCCUCAACAUCCGGUCAUGGCUACCGCUAGGACUGGGUGAAUCCAUCUAUCUGACUACUGUCGCCACCUCUGGUCUGUACGUUGCAUACGAAACAUUCCAGGGCCCCGCCGAUGCGGUAGUCUUGUCGCAGGUAAAGCACCAAAGGAAUCGUAGGGAGCCCCCGUCUACUCCUACAUCUAGUAACUAUGUGCCGGAGGUCUCCUCUGUCGUCUCUUCUGCUGAAGUCGACGAGCCCGAACCGACAUUCUUCCCUGCCGUGGAGACUGCUUCCGUUCUGCAGUCUACAAUUUCUGACGAUACCGAACGUGAAAAUGCCCAAGACGAAAACUACUCAUUCGAUGGCCCCAAAGACGAAGAGGAAGGCUACAUCUUCGUAGGCAGCUCCUACGAUAAAUGGCGGGAGUGGAUGCGCUGGUACAUCAUGUCCAAAUACUUCGCAGCCAAGCAUCGAAUCGCCGCUAGUCUAGAAAACACAGCUCGAGAGAGCACCUAUCGACAACUGGAAGAAGGGACCAGCUCUGACGCUCGCGUUUCUGCUGAUAGUGACUCUGCGACGGUACCCUUCGACCCGCAAUCGGUCUUUUCUGGCGUUGGCGUCUGCCCUGCACCGUUCGGUUCACCCGACCCUGAAAAUCCCGAGUUGUCUGGGAGUGCUCUCGGAGGUAUCCUUGGCAUUCCGUCGGAGAAUUGGGAAGGAUUCGCUCUCAACGGUGCUGCUUCUUUCAUCGUGACGAGUUCUCUUUAUUUCUCUCUACGUACGGCGUUCCGCAGCUCCCCGGACGAGGACGACUUUCUGUCUGAAAAUGAAGCAGAAGAGGAUAAUACCUCGUAUGGACCUGGUCUUAUCUCGGCUUCUGAGGGAAUUACUGCCGAAGAUUCUCGUAUGCCAACUGAGGAGCCUCAGUCUACGUCUGCUGUCGACGAUGCUUCCGAAUAUGACUCAGACGUGACUGUAACCCCCGAAUUGGCCAACAUCUCUGUCAGAAGUGAUGAGCAUCCUCUGUGGGCUGUUACCUCUCGCGAUGCGGAACCUGACGAUCCCAUACAACUACCAACUGGAUAUGCUCGCAGCCUAAACGAUUCUAUCUGGGCAGGCGACUGUACUGACAAUGUCGAAGAAGAGACAUUCAAGUACCCGGGUGCCACUGACACCGCCGAGUCAGAUCACUUUAUACAACUGUCAACCGAGUCGGGACGCAGUCUGAAUGACUCGAUCUGGGCAGGCGAUCGGGCUGAUGAUAACCCAGAUAACUCUUUGGAGUGUUCUGGUCCAGCUGGCACCGCGGAACCUGUCAACUCGUUAGCAGUACCAGCUGAGUCUGGGCGCAACGACUCAAUCCGCGCAGGCGACGGCGCUGGAGAACCGCAGGGGGAACCCUUGAAGCGCCCUAGCUUGACCGCGUCGCAGUCCGCACCGCGUCAUAGUAGCUUCAUACUGCUCAGCCCUACGCCUGGACGGAGCUCGAAGGAUUCCAUGUGGGCGCAUCGGGGCGAUUCGGCUGAAGGUCCCCCGCUUCACUCUACAAAGGGCUCUGGUCCGGCCGACAGCAAUGAUGCACCGCGACCGUCUUUCCGGAGGAACAAGUCUUCUAGGCGCUGGGCGAAACCGAAGACUGGCGAUUCAUCUAAGGCUAGUAACGGGAAGUCCGGUUCUCUCAGUGCUGGCAAGCCUGCUUCUGUACUCGGCUCGGCGUCGCAACCCGCUGGCGAUUAUUCUGGCAGUUCAAACACCGGAAAGUCCACCGGGGGCACUGCUUCCACCGACCAGCUUCCCAAGAAGCCCCCGGCCAACGACUCUGAGAAAGCUAAGGGUCAGCCGAAGAAUGACGCCAGAAAGCCUCGUCAAAGGGCCGCGAAGCAGGAGCCGAAAUCCAUGCCUCGUCAGGCCCCAGAGGAACGCAAGUCCACACGUCAGACCAAGUCCGAAGGAAACAGGGCCGCUGAGAUACCUCAGGUCCCAGCUUCCGGGACGCCCAAACCUCAGCAGAAAGGCGACGACAGCAAGAGCAACUUCCAGUCCAACGCGGCGGAAGCCCCUCGUACGCUCUCCUCGGUCGCCCUCGCCACGCAUGCGUAUCAGCCGCUAGGGUCUUCGGGUAUCCCCCCGGAGAUUAGUAGCUGGGCAUCUCAGUACGCGGACUACCUCACUGAUGAGGCAGGGAAUGUCAAGCCUGAGUUGAUCAGCGGGCUGGGCAGUGCAGGACGUGCAGCAUGA